UUGAACUUGUUCGGCACUCCCUGCAGCAUAGCAUCAUAAGUUUGUUCUUCGUUUUCAUUCUUUCAGCAAAGCUCGAAGUUGUCUUUUUUUCCUUCUUGGUAGAAUAUUUUCCUUCCUAAAUAUGUCGUACUAUUUCCUUCGAAGAAGAUCACUUAGGAUUACUACCACCACCUUCUCUUCGUUUCUAUCCAAACUUGUCGGAAACUUGUCCGAUUCGCCUUCACCAACGUUGUUUUCCUGUCGCCACUUAUCACAUGCCCUUCCUUUCUUCUCUUCCACGUGGCUUUCAAGAGACGCUUACUCUCACGGGCUAUUAUCUCCCACGCAGGCUCGCUUUUGGGCUUCUCAGCCCGCCGCCGCUGAACACUCAACAUCUGAUGGGCUCACCAUCCAAGGAAUUCUAGCCAAAAAUUGGCCCAUUCUUGACGAAAAUGACAGUGAUUGGAAGAGUCAUGCCUCAGCUAUAGCUCAAUCUAUUCAUUUGAUCAAACGCCGCUUACAGUGGAAGAAGUUGAAGGUUAGGUUGGAUAUGUUAUCAGCCCAGCUGAAUAAGGAAGAUCUUUGGGAUGAUCCUGUACGUGCUGGUAAAAUUAACCGGGAGCACGGUUCACUACUUGGGAAAAUGAAAGAGGUGAAUGGAUUGGAGCGAGAGUUACUUGACGAUAUUGAAAUGAUAAAGCUUGCUCGUGAAGAGAAUGAUUCAGAGUUGGAAUUGGAAUCAAUGAAAGCAUUGCUUAACAUGAGAGUAAAUGCAAAAGAGAAAGAGCUAGAAGCAUUGCUGGCAGAUGAGCAAGAUUCUCGUUCUUGCUACAUUGAGGUUCAGGCUGGAGCUGGGGGUACCGAGAGCAUGGACUGGGCUUCUAUGAUCAUGCAGAUGUAUAAAUCAUGGGCCCAGCGACGUGGAUAUAAAGUUACUGUAAUGGAAGAAAUGCCUGGUGAGAUUGCAGGAAUCAAGCGAGCUACAAUCAAAGUAGACGGUGAAUUUGCAUUUGGAUAUGCCAAAGCAGAAAUAGGAGUACAUAGACUGGUGCGCAUAUCACCGUUUGACAGUAAUAAGCGCCGACAUACUUCAUUUGCUGCUGUAGCAGUCAUUCCAAACCUUGGUGAUGAAUCUUCCAGUGUACAGAUUAAUGAAUCUGAUCUUCGAAUUGAACGAUUUCGCGCCAGUGGUGCUGGUGGACAGCAUGUUAAUACUACCGAGAGUGCUGUAAAAAUAACGCAUAUUCCUACGGGAGUUACUGCAACUUGUCAGAAUGAAAGAUCACAACAUCAGAAUAAGGCUUCGGCAAUGGCUGUGCUUCAGUCAAGAUUAAACCAGAUUGAGAUGGCUCGCCAGGCGCAGUUGAAUGCUCAGCAUACACAGUCUCUUACUGACAUAACCUGGGGUAGUCAGAUUCGUAGUUAUGUGCUCCAUCCUUACCGCAUGGUAAAAGAUCUCAGAACUAACUACGAGGUUUCAGAUCCUGACUCUGUCCUUGAGGGAGAUCUAGAUGGUUUCAUCAUGAGCUAUUUAUCAGCUUCUUUGGAUAAAAAUGAAGAUGAUGCUUAAAUUAAUUAAACUGCCAGAUUAUUUUGGCACUGGCACAAAGUAUGUUUUGCGCUCAAAUGGCAUUUUUAUCAGUUUUGCGCAACUGAAGUUCACUGUCCUACAGUUGCUGUCAUUCCUCAUUAAGGUAUAACGGUGUUACAAGGAUACAUAUUGUUUGGCUUCCUAUCAGUAUUUUUGUGGUCAUAAAUAAAUGAGUAUGUACAAUUGAAUAUGGAAGCACAAAGCUCAGAAGCUUGACUAUAAGGGCUUGCACUGUCCAAAUAACUCAUCAAUAACCUAUGUUGCUGCUGCUCAUGAUUCUUGUGCUCUAUGACUCACUUGUAAACUGUAUACAUUAAUAACUGUAGAUGGAUGCUAUUUGACUUUUGGAUUUUUUUUUCUCCUGAUAAAAGAUACAAAUAGUACUGGAUUGCUAACUCUGCUCAAGGAAUCAUGGCAGCGGAUAAAUUUUUGUAAUUUAUUGUUAUGAAUGAACACGACCUCAGAGAAAAGCAUAGUAUAAAUCUGAUUAGGUGUGAUCCCUAAUGAAAUUAUUCAAUAUUUAUUGUGAGCUAUUUUUCAAGAGGG